AUGAGUCCUCGAAACUACCAAACGCCCCUUGCCGCCUACAAUUCUGAAAACAUCAUUUCAAACCGCACAAUGUCGAAUACCGAAGGAGAACUUCAACAAGAUGAAUCGAUACCCUGGGGCAUCAUCGUCUUCUGCAUCUUUUUCUGUCUCUUUUUCCUACUGACGAUCCUUCGUUGGACCGAUCUCCAGCUCAGCAUUUUCCGUGAUUUCAUCAACAGCGGCCGAUGGCGAGCAUACUUUGGAAUGGAAGUACCCAGACGACAUGGCCAGAGUAACUUCAAAAAGGUCGAAUUUGGGGAAGACGCUCCGUUAGUGAAGAAGGUGGUGAAAAAGGUUCGGUUCUACGACGAUACAACUACUGUUGAAGACAUUGAGGGAGUGAAAGCAAAGAGCAAUGAAGUCGACUGUGCCAACCAAAAUGAAACAAAGCGCGAAUGA